GGAAGAGGAAGAUGCCCCAGGACACCCAGGCAGACAAGGAGCUGAGGAUGGAGACCAGGGAGGACAAAUUCCUGGGGCAGAACCUCAUGGAAGAGGCCGUUUUGAGCAGCUCCACAGUGCAGGAAUCCAAUGGGGAGGAAAAGCCCCGGAGAUCCCACAGGAGGAGGGGCUCCAAACCCAUCCCAGGGUGCUCUGAGGAGGAAAGACCCACCCUGUGCCGGAAAGGUGACCAGAGAUCAAGCCAGGGCUCUGAGCUGGUGGUCCAUGAGCAGCUUCAGGAUGGGGAGAAGCGCUACAAGUGCUUGGAGUGUGGGAAGAGCUUCAGCCACAGCAACAGCCUGAUCUGCCACCAGAUGAUCCACACUGGGGAAUGGGCCUACGAGUGUGGGAAAUGUGGGAAGGGCUUCAGCUGCAACUCCCAGCUCGUCAUCCAUCAUCACAUCCACAUGGGGGUGAGGCCCUACGAGUGUCCUGAGUGUGGGAAGAGGUUUCGGAGGAGCUCAGAUCUCCUCGUGCACCAGCGGAUUCACACGGAUGAGAGGCCCUUCCGCUGCCCCGACUGUGGGGAGGGCUUCAAGUACAACUCCAACCUCAUCAACCACCGGCGCAUCCACACUGGGGAGAGGCCCUUUGAGUGUGGGGAAUGUGGGAAGAGCUUCCGCCAGAGCUCCAGCCUCAUUACCCACAAACGCAUCCACACUGGGGAACGGCCCUAUGAGUGUGGGGAAUGUGGGAUGACCUUCAGGUGUAGGUCCCAACUGAUCAUCCACCAGAUGAUCCACACUGGGGAGAGGCCCUACGAGUGUCCCGAGUGUGGGAAGAGGUUUCAGGAGUGCGGGAAGGGCUUCAAGGAAAGCUCCCACCUCUUCAG